UUUAUUUGACACCGCUCUCUCGGCAAAUGCCAGAGGCGCUGCGCUAAUCAGCGCACUCGUGCCAAAGCUUCUUGUUGACACAAACACCGCAUCGCGAUCGUAUUUCUCGCGGCAGACACACAACUCGUACGACGGAAUACGAGUGUUUGCAGAAGGAGCGCAAGAUUGCACGUAUCUUUGCGCGCGUGCUGCCGGCUUGUUGUUUGCUUCGUUGUUUUGGGCAGAGAGCAGCGGCGGGGCCGCGGGGCCGCGCGACGCGCGACGCGCCAGCGAAAUACUUGGCGAAAACAGUGGAUAGCUCUGUUGCUCGGGAGCGUGUACGCCCGGACUCGGUGCGCAGCGCUUGAGGCAAUCGCGAGCCUCGGGCUCUCGUCGAUCAAUUAUGCGAGGAAUGGCUGUCGGGCGCCCGACCGACUGCCAGAUCUGCGACGCACGUACGGCACGCCUGUCGACUCGUCGUGGGAUGUGCGCCCGGUCGGACAACACCAAAAAUAUCCAAACGCUUUGUCUUUCUCGUUGGCACGUGUGAACGCGCGUACAAGCAACGCUCUUGCCCGCGAGAGCAAAAAUAAGCAGCGACGUAGCGCACCGCCUAAUUGCGCAUCACCUCGGCUUCUUUCAACUUGACCGUUUUAUACGCGCGGCCAUUGCAAUUCAGCUUCGCCUAUGCACCCAUAACCGGAUUUUUACGCAUUGUAGGGCGCCGAUCAGGCUUAUUUUUGAGAAACAGAGACGCGGAGGGGGCCACGAGAUAUUUUUAAUCGCCUGCGCGUAUAGGUAUCGAGAGAGUGAGAAAGUGAGAGAGCGAAUACGCGUGACGCGUGCGAAAUUUUGACUGAUUGCAGUUUCCUGGUGAGUGCAUCCUCACAUACAUGGAGUUUCAGCUGGACAGCGCAGAAUAUUGCCAGGCUCAACACAAAUAAAGGGACUGACAGUGUUUACAGCUGGGAGGGAGAGACGAGAGCGACGCAAGACGCGCACGACUGAACAGCAAGACCCAUCGCAAAUAAUCUUCCGCAACAGCGAAGCAUCCCGAGUAGGAAGCAAGUGCAGUCAGACAACGCCUGAUGUAACCUAGCUCCAAGCACUUUCCAGCGAAAGUUUGCCAUCCCUUAAACCCUUAUCUGGAUCUAGAUGUGAGCCCGCCGUUCUAUCCUCUGUGGAAAAAAUAACAAGUAUUUUUUAUGAACAGUCCCGCAUCGACGAGCAACACCCCGAGCAAGACUGACAUCUAUAGGCUAACUUGUUUUGCGACGCCGCUCUCUUUUUUUCCUAGCUUCCUUCCUUCCAAUCAUUUUUUUCAUCGUUUUGCCAUCCUGCCAAUCAUUUGAAUCACUCAAAAUUCAAUUUCUACCAUUGUAACUCUCGAGAUAACCCCGACGAAUUCGCUCCACUGGGCGGUCAAUCGUGAAAAAUACAUUUUUUUCUACCGAUUGUCGUUCACAAGGAAAUGAGCAACAUGAGGGUUAAGGACAUAAGACCAGCUCCCGCUGAAAUUGAAUACAAAGGCAUGAAGUUCCUCAUUACCGAUCGGCCCCAUGAUCAAACUAUGAGUACUUUCAUCCAAGAGCUCAAAAAGCACAAUGUCAAGGAGGUAGUUAGGGUAUGCGAGCCGACGUACAAGGUCGACGAACUCAAAUCAGAGGGCAUUAAUGUCAUCGAUUUAGUUUUUGAUGAUGGAACCUUUCCUCCAAACGAGGUGAUCGACGACUGGUUUGAGCUGGUAAGGAAUCGAUUCCGGGAGACACCGGAGGCCUGCGUGGCUGUGCACUGUGUCGCCGGACUUGGCAGAGCACCUGUCCUCGUGGCACUGGCUCUGAUAGAGCUUGGCCUCAAGUACGAGGACGCCGUGGCUCUAAUCAGAGAGAAGAGACGAGGCGCUAUCAAUGCCAAACAGCUGGCCUAUUUGGAGAAAUAUCGUCCCAAGUCUCGACUCAAAAUGAAAAACGGACAGAAGAACUCCUGCUGCGUUCAGUAAACGAUUCAGUCGCUAUUCCGAGCGCAUCCGUCAUUGAUUGCCGCUUUGGCACAUACACCUCAUUACACUUAGACCUACAUGCCUGACGAAAGCGACAUUACCUUGUAACGUUUGCAGUUACUUAUUAUCUCUAUCUAGCCUGUCAAUGGAAAUGCAACCAUUUCGUCUCUUCAAUUUUGACCAUUGGCAUUUGAUUCUAAUCGUGCUAAAAUUUCUAUUAUUUCUAGUUUGUAGUUUAUGCGGCUAAGUUUUAUUUUUAAUAAGUGUAUUCAUUUAUUUUCUCGCGCGCGUCUAAUGCAGCGAAUUCUCAUGUCUGUUUUGAGAUAUACGUCGAGAAACAAAUGCCGUGUGUAUAAUAUUUAUCAAUCUAGACCGUUCACUCAAAUAACAUCAGAUAAAGUAUGUCUAUUAUACUUUGAGAACGAUCAUUGUAUUUGUUGCAAAUUUAUACUCUUGCAAUCAAUUAUGCGUCGAAUUUUCACGUUGUCUUUAUUUUUAUAUCUUAUUAUUUUACAUUAAAAAGAAAAACAAAAGUUCGCCUAGGACUAUUUUAUCUUUAAUUAUUGUGCAAUCUGUUUGAUCAAGCAUCACAAUUAUAAACCGAGUGUUGAAAUAUUUCGUUGUCGCUCACUUAUCCAGGCACAAGUAAUAAUAAUGUAUUGAGCGAUUUUUUAGCAAUGCGUUGCAUUUCCAAUGGUCAGACUUGACACAGUAAAAAUUCGUAAUUAUGAAAAAGCAAAUAUAUAUAU